ACGAGCGCUCCGCCUGUCACUUUCCCAUCCGCUGUCACUUUGUCACUUAUUCGCGAUACGAGAUUGCGCGAGUUUCUCUUUCCCGAGGGGAGCAAAAAUAUCGGAGGUCCUUCUCGAGCGUUCCAGGACCACCUUCUCGAUGCCUGCGGGACAUUCUGUUAUCGGGAACCACCUCGCGAUUCUAGGUUUUCUCUGUUCUGGUCUUCCUCGACGCCCACAGUUCGGCCAUAUCUGAUAUUGCACAUUCGUCCCUGAAUGUCAUAACGCCUUAGUUUUAUUAGAACUGUCAUAUCUUCCUUUCUGUUGACCCAGAAUCUCGAGGACAUCGUCGGGAUCUGCGAAGAAUUGUUUAUAUAUAAGUAAUCUUGUACUUGGGAAACUAUUUGAAUGAAGGAUAUAAAGAUUUAAGGACAAUGGCAGAAUUUUCUUUUGUGUUUGACAAAACAACAAGUUUUUAUUCCGAACGAUUUAACUUUAUCCACAGUUUUAUUUCAUCUAUUUGACUCCGAAAUUUCGAAUACGAUUCUUGAUUAUCGUUUACAUUUUGCUCCUGAUGCGCCCCCAUCGCGACUAUCAGUAGUCCCUCUUUUAAAGUCCCUACGUUACCGACUCUUUAAUAAUUCGGCACUACUGUUAUAUGCCAGGUGCUUGCAAUUGUUUGCGGGUCAAAGUAUUCGCUGGCCGUAAAACGGACCGACGAUCGCGUAACAAGGAGUAACGCCGGAAGGAGGACGAGAAGCAGGGAAGGAAAGAAGGAAGGUGUAAAGAGAGAAGUGAAGGAGAGAGAGAGAGAGAGAGAGUGGACAUAAGACAGGACGGCGAGAGAGUGAAAGAAGAGUGCGGGAUAGAGCACGAUGGCGAGCUCCUUAACGUGGUCGUGUUGCCUGCGUUUUAAAUUCAGCCCGGAGGAGAUCGAGCAACGUUACAAGAGUCAGGAGAUCGACCGGAUGCUGGAGAAAGAUCGGCAAACGUUUCGCCGGCAAAUCAAGCUGCUGCUGCUCGGGGCGGGCGAGAGCGGCAAGUCGACAUUCCUCAAACAGAUGCGGAUCAUACACGGGAUCAAAUUCGAGCCUGAAUUAGUUAAAGAAUAUCAACAUGUGAUCUACCAGAAUAUAAUUAAAGGAAUGAAGGUUUUGGUAGAUGCUCGGGAUAAGCUAAAUAUUCCUUGGGAAAAUCCUAAGAAUUAUGAUAUCGGUUUUCAAUUACUCAAAUUUGAAAAUACUAUGGUACUGGAUACUAGAUUAUUUCUGCAUUAUGUACCAUCAUUACAAAGUUUAUGGAAAGAUGCAUCGAUAAGAAGAGCAUUUGAUAGGCGAAGAGAAUUUCAAUUAAGUGAUUCUGUUCAGUACUUCUUGGAUAAUCUCGACAGGAUUGCAAGAGUGGAAUAUACACCUACACAUCAGGACAUUUUACAUUGUAGAAAGGCAACAAAAGGGAUUUCCGAAUUUGUAAUACCAAUUAACAAUAUCCCUUUUCUCUUUGUCGAUGUUGGCGGGCAAAGGUCUCAAAGGCAAAAAUGGUAUCAUUGCUUUGAUUAUGUGACUUCUAUUCUUUUUCUUGUAUCAUCAUCGGAAUUUGACCAGGUCUUAUUGGAAGAUAGGAGAACUAACAGAUUGGAAGAAUCUAGAAAUAUAUUUGAUACAAUUGUGAAUAAUAUGAUAUUCAGUGGUGUUUCUAUUAUUUUAUUUCUAAACAAAACGGAUUUGCUCGAUAAAAAAGUGAGGUCACAAGAUACAGAUGUCCGUUUCUACUUUCCACAAUAUACGGGCGAUCCACAUUCCAUGAAGGACGUGCAAAAUUUUAUCCUUGAUAUGUUCGUCUCAGUCAAGAGGGAUCCAAGAAAGCCAUUGUUUCAUCACUUCACUACUGCAGUAGACACGGAGAAUAUUAAAGUGGUCUUCAAUGCUGUGAAGGACACUAUUCUACAUCGGAACUUAGAAUCACUAAUGCUUCAAUAAUGACAUAGAAGCAAAGGAGUUAAGCAUAAACACAUAAAGCAGCUAGUAAAACAAAGGUACGCGGCAAAAAUUAAAUAUUUAAUAUGUAUUAUUAAUCCAAUCUGUAGUUUUCGAAGAAUAUAUUGCAAUACACACACACA